AUGGUUCUUUUUAAGCGCAAACCGGUGCAGUUCUUGCCGCCCAAGGACAUCAAGGACGAAAAUGCAGAGGUUCGGGAACUGCGUUUCACGGAAUGUGCGACGAGUACUGAUUUACGCCCCCAGGUCUGGCAUAUUCCACAGACCGGCGAGGUCUUUGCCCACUAUGAGGAUUAUCUGAACAGAAUGGAUUUCUACAAACAGCGGCGAUUCAUUUGCCAGAUCACCGGACAUUCGGGUCUAACAUUCUUCGAGGCCCUCAAGAGCGAGCUUGCCGGUGCCGAGGAGGUCGAGCAGGCCUUCCCCGAGGCCCUCAAGGGCCCGGUCCUGCGGCGCGUCCAGUUUCAAACGGUCUCGCGAAUCGAUACGCUCGUCGAUAUGGUUUACGAAGAGUUCAGAGCCGACUAUUAUCCUGGCGAAGCUGUCACAGUUAGCACAACCGACGGAGAGAGGCUGCAGGGUGUUGUUAGAGAGAAGACCCGGUUCGGCGGCAAGGUCCUACCUGAUGGCACCCUUACUCCCCCCUACACGCGGUAUACGGUUAGCCUCGAAGAGAGGCCAGGUGCCGAGGCGGUUGUCGACGACGAUCACAUCUUCCGCGAUCGGAAGAUUUUCACCAAGUCGGUACUGCGGUCUUUCAUUAAGAAGACAGUGACUCGCGAAGCUUGGAACGGCGCGCCGUGGCUCGUCCGGCACGACUAUGCGGCGCAAUACCACAUCGACUCCCGGGUCCCCGCCCACCUUCGCUACGAUACCAAGUUGAUGGAACGGAAACAACUCCAAGCACAGAAGCGAGCGAACCAACCGCAUGGCCAAGAGGCAAAUGGGGCGAACGGUGUAAAUGGUGCCAUGCAAAACGGUCCAGCUAGGUUACCUGAACUGAAACCUGCGCCAAAGAAUCAGAAGGGGAAGCUGCAGCACCAAUCCCCCGACUUCUCGCAGGAUCACAAGGGUUCUCCAGGCAUGCUUGCAGGUCCUGAUUCGGGCAUAUUUCAAGCGCCCCCGCAUAAGAACCCUUUCCAACUCCCUCUCAACUUCAGGAAUCAACAACUGCCGCAUUCGAUGUCCGCUCCCGAGCUCCCACCCCCUCCGCCACCUCCGAAGUAUCCUAUCGAGGACUUGCAGGUACCUCUGAGAGAGGGCAUCGUCAGACCGCCAUUGUCGUUCCUUUGCAAGGAUCCCCCAACUGACCCUGAUGUGUCUGUAAACGGCGGCAGCACCACCCGCAUACAGGAAAAGCUCUCAAUGAAGUCCGUCGGCCUCUUCCUGGAGACCUGGGACACGCUCAACGUCUAUUGCGAAAUCUUCAAGCUCGACUCAUUCACCUUUGACGAUUUUGUCGAGGCCAUGUGCGUUGCUUCCGGAGACAUCACGGUUCAGCUGUUUGAAGAGAUACAUUGCGCAGUCUUGAAACAAAUUGUCAGUGCCGAGGCAGACGGUGGCAAGGUCAAUGUGCAGUUGCCCGAGUUGGACGACGAAGAGGAGGACUCAGACGAGGAAGAAGAGGAAGAAGCCAAGGAGCCGACGCCCGAGCCCGAUCGACCUCCUGCAAGGGCCACGCGAAGCAGUCUUGCAAAGGCCGAAGCCGAGAGACUGGCAGCCGAGGCGAGGGCUGCUGAGAAGGAAAGCCAAAAUGUGGAGCCCGAGAUUACCCAUCGCGCCGAGGACGUCCUUGAAGACUAUGACUGGAUUGAGGAACUUCGAAAGCGGAAUUUCCAGAACGGUGGCUGGGAGAGAAUCAUGGUUGGCCUACUGCACCAGCUGUCGAAGAACGAGCGGCUCGAGGAACAAUGUGAAGAGCUCCUUACGCAGCUCGUUCCUCCGGAUGAGGAACCUACGCAAGACACGGUCAGAGAACACUACGCAACCCUGGACGUUAACUACCGGGUACAAGCACUGCAGAUUAUCUGCCUGCUCACGACGCAGACAAAGGCCAUGCGCACGUACAUGGAAGAGUGCAGUGAGCAAAUGACUGCAUUCCGAAAGGAGAAGAUUGACUGGCAGCGACAGCGGAAGCAGGCAUUGGAGGAACUUCGCGUUCUGAAUGAUCAGCGCAAGAUUCUGCUUCCCGAAAACAUGCCACCGUCGCCGCCUCCUGAGACAAAGCAGGAAGAAGACGUCAAGAUGACAGACGUAGACGAGUCAGCGGUAGAUGCAGAGGAUGAGGUUGCCGAUUCGGAUGAUGAGAACGCGCCGCGCAGGAACAUUCGACGCGCCAACGACCGCGCUGCAGAGAGGCAGCGGAAGCGCAAGGAGGAGAAGGAGCGUAAAGAAAAGGCAGCUGAAGCAGCCAAGGUACCCAAGCAGUCGAAGCAGUUCAUCAAGCUCCUGAAGGACAUCACAAAAAAGGAGGAGUUCAUCAAGAAGUGCGAAGAAGAAAUCGCCGUCAUUGACAACGACCUCCGGGAGGCGGACUGCGGCCGAACAAGGGUUCUUGGCAAGGAUCGAUUCUGGAACCGGUACUACUGGUUCGAGCGGAAUGGAAUGCCUUAUGGAGGCCUUCCGGACAGCUCGACCGCCGCAGCCGAAUAUGCCAACGGUUGCAUAUGGGUCCAAGGCCCCGACGAACUGGAACGCCAGGGCUACAUCGACACGGAUCCCGAGUUCCAGGCCGAGUACAAGAACAAGUUCGAUAUGACGGUUCCUGAACGCAAGAAGCUGGAAGAGGGCACGACGAGCAUUUACAAUGCACGCCAGUGGGGAUACUACUGCGAGCCGGAACAAGUUGACGAGCUCCUCAAGUGGCUUGACCCUCGCGGCUAUAACGAACUGCGGCUCAGAAAGGAGAUUGUGGCCUUCAAAGACAAGAUUGUGCUGCAUAUGGAGAAUCGGAAGCAGUACCUGGCCAGCGCAGAACCCGAGGAGAAGGAGGAGAAGAAGGAGAAGAGAAGAGACUCGAAGCGCAUGAGCACGCGAGGUCGGCAACAGGAGCCGACGCCCGAGCCGACGAACUAUCGCUGCCUUGCCUGGGAGAACACCACGGCGAUGGAGGAGCUGGGUCAUUUACACUCGGAGCCGCCGCCGCCCCCGAGACCGAGGAAGCAAACGGCAAAGAAGAGACAGGCCGUUGAGCCGUCUCCCGAGCCCGCUCCGGCGCCGAAGACGAGACGCCGCAAGUAG